AACACGGGAAGAGAAAAACAAAUACAAGAAUCAACGAAAGGGGUUGGCGUUUCGGGAAUUAGGUCAACACAUUCCCAUAAAUAUCAAGAUCUCUCCUUCCCCUUCCGCCCAUCGCUCAGCUUCUCCUUCAUCCGUCGUUUAUCUGUCACCUGUUGCCUUUGAAUUGAGAUCUCGAUUUCUCUCCUGUAAGAUCGAAUUCUGUGAGGAAGCUUUGAAGGCCUGUUUGACGAGGUAGGCAUACAGAAGUAAUAGAGGGGAGUGGAUUUAAUAGUUGAUGAAGAAAAAUUGACUAGCUUCUUUCUGUGGGUUGUAGAUUUUGAAUGAUGUCCUUCACAAGGAAUUAUGAGAUGAAAGGGGGUACAUACCAUGAUGGUUAUUGGCCAUCCAGUAUAAACAGCUUCAGCAAUAAUAAUUACAGAACCAGAAACAGAAAUAGCAGUUAUUUUGCGAAUUAUGACUGUUUCCAUGGAAACUCCAGGGAAAUCAGGGAUCUUGUUGACAAUUUCAACUUUGAACAUAUGAAGCCCAAUGAUGUGCCUUCCAUGAAAAGAAGAAAAUAUUCAUCGUCCUCGUGGGGAGCUUAUGAUAACGCAUCUCUUGCUUGGAACAAUAGAAUACCUCUUCCUGCAAGAAUAAAUGCGGAUGCAUCUACUUCUAGCAGUGGGAAGCGUGAGAGGUCUCGACUAGAGGAUGAUGAGGUGGUAUUCAUGUCAAGGGAUGAGAUUGAGAGACUUUCUCCAUCUAGAAAGGAUGGCAUUGAUGCCCUACGAGAAACCCAAUUGCGAUACUCGUAUUGUGCUUUUCUUCAAGAUCUUGGAUUGCGUCUCGACUUGCCCCAGACCACCAUCGGAACUGCCAUGGUUCUUUGCCACCGGUUUUUUGUCCGAAGGUCUCAUGCUUGCCAUGAUAGAUUUUUAAUUGCCACUGCUGCUCUGUUUCUAGCUGCUAAGUCAGAGGAGACACCACGUCCUCUGAACAAUGUCUUGCGGGCAUCCUGCGAAAUCUUUCACAAACAGGACAUUUCUUUUUUGUCCUAUCUACUCCCUGUUGAUUGGUUUGAACGAUAUCGGGAGCGAGUAACUGAGGCUGAGCAAUUGAUUUUGACGACAUUGAACUUUGAGCUCAAUGUGCAACAUCCAUACACUCCACUUACCUCGACCCUUAACAAGCUGGGUCUUUCUCAAGGUGUUCUGUUGAAUCUGGCUCUGAACCUGAUCAGUGAAGGGGUCUAUACCAGAUUAGAGUGCUCGUUCUUAAUGAUAUACUAUGCUGGCGGAUUGAUGUGCUGUUCAUGGAAAGUUUUAUUUUCCACUGGAGUGCUGGUUUAUGUUGACUGGCUUUAUCUUGAACACAUUCCUUCACAUUUGUUCCUCCUCGUCAAGGAUCACCCCAUCAUGUUUAGAGCCCACUUAUCUAUCCAAACAGCUUCCACUUUUUGGGUUGCUUUUGCCAUCAAUUUGCAAGUUGCCUUGUUUUCGAGCGAACAAUUCUUCAAGUAGUGCGUAGUAUUGGACUUCGUCUACUGACUUUUCUGCCGACUUCGAGUGCAUGACUAUCGUUUGACAUGAUUUAAGAUGGUAACUAUGUUCUUUUCUGAAUAGGGGUUUCCAGUCUUUGUUAGUUAUCCCUGCUUCUGGAACAAAUUAUCUACUUUGCAGCAUUAUCGCUGCAGAUUUUUGUCAGCAGAGUCUUUUCAUUAAGUUCCCGUUACUGCUGCUUUUUCCCUCCUUAUUUUGAGGAGGCAUUUAGGAACCUUCUCCGUGUUUAAGCACUCGCCUCUCCUCUUGACCGUAGUGGUUGACAUGACUCGUAUAUGUACUGGGUAUUGGUUGUGAGGUAGGUUGGUCUUGGUUUUUAGUGUUGCUCGCGAGAAGGUGCUUGCAAUCCAGUCAUCCAAAGGAGUAGGGUAAUCGACAUUGACUUGCGUCAAGCGAAGGCCUUUUUAUGGAGAUUUAAUCAUUCUUUUAUCUCAUCUUAAUUGCCUGGCUUCCUAAUGCAUAAUAAGCAUAAUUUGUUCAAUUAAUCAGCGAUUUGGCUACUUUUUGGAGAAAAUUUAGGAUCUAGCUGAUCUUUAGUGGAGCUUGAGCCAGACCAGCUGUAAACAUCCGUCUAUCUUUAUGCAUAAAUCAUGUCUAUUCUUGUUUUUCUUCGGACUUUUCAAAAUAUAAGUUCCCAUUGAUGUUUUUCUUUCAUGUUUCGUUAUGCUUCAGCUUAUCUGUGGAUUAAGCACUUUCCAAUACUAGUUUUUAAGCCCGAGUAUGGAGUUCAUGGUGGUCGUCUAGCAAGGUUUUGAAGGGUUAUAAUGUAGAAUCAUUGCUUAUUGACUGGUGGCAAUAAACUUGCUCUCAUAUCAUACUUUUGUCGGUACCCCUUUUUUGUGAUAGACUUUUAUGUCAGUUCAGUACUCUCACUUUUUCUUCUUUUCUUUACCUUUUCAGAAAAAAAGAUAAUGAUCUAUUCUCAUGUCAUGUGAAAACCUAUUUUUCGGAUGGAGGGAACUUAACUUCUCUCUUGGUAUAUUGAUAUCCGUCUUACCUUUUGCCUUUUAGAAGAAUUUCUAGAGGAAAAAUUGUCUCCACAUACUGAAGUGGUAGUUUAUCAAGUCUACUCAUGCUACUAGGAUCGAUUGAGUCUGGUAUAUAAGUAGUAGGUCUGUUUUUCUACCUGAAAAUAGAAGUUCUCUGACCAAAGUCAUCUUUUGUGGGGCCAUAUGGAACCAUUUUAUGUUGGCCGGCGGCUAUGCCAUGUAAAAUAUCUCAUGAUCAGUUUCUUUCUUCUUCUUUUUUUUCCCCCAAUUGGAUGUUGGCAAUUGGAUGGGAUGCAACGAAGUUGGUUGUUGGGUUCACAUUCUUAAAAUGUCUAGGGUGUGUUAUGAUUGCUUAAUACAAGCAGGAGUGCUGUUAUAGCUGACUGGUUUUUGUGUUCAUACCGUCCAUCAAAGGUCAUGGGACAAUGCUGUGGGAUGUACCUCUCCAAAUCUUUUUCCUUUCUAGUUGGAAAAAUGAUUUUUGCUAAAGCUUUAUUUGGGGUCCUCCGCGAAUCCUUACUGUAUCAGUUUUUAAUUCUUUAUGGCCGUCAAUGUAGGUUAUGUGGCUCCUUUGUUUAUCUGCAAAAGGGCUAUAUAGCUCCUUCAACAAUACUUAGUACUGCUGCCAACCAUUAAAAGUUUCAGAAAAUUUUCGAGAAGUUGAUGAAUCCAACAGUUGACACUUGUCGUGGC